AACGAUCUUAGAUUUAUGAGUUUCUUUUAUAUCUUUAUUAGAAAUCAUUUAAACAAAUUUGAUAGUUUUGUUCAAUCAGAUUUAUGCGACUACAAACAACUUGUGUAUCACGACUGAUCAAUUCCUAACUAUCUAAGAUCUACUAAUGCAACAACAGUUGCUUCACGCACAAGUAUCUCAUUCACCGAGAACCCUAAACCGUGAAACUCUUCUUCAAGUGUGCUCUCUUAACUUCACAUAAAACGGCUAACUUCACAAGUAUCCAUAAGUGUUCCAAAAAGGGUAUCCAUAUAAACUAUUUGUGUAUUGAAGAUAACAAAAGGCUCUAAACUCUAAAGGGAUUAUAAUCCGGAUCCUUAUUUUUGGACUUGGAAAUGGUACCAAACUUGUCUUGAAGAGUAAAGAGUAUAACUCAUAAUCGAAGUGUGUUUUAUUGGUCGUCUUGGUUGAGUUCUACUCCAUAGUCGAUGUUAAUUUUACAGAAGGUGAAAAACAAAAGAAGACUAAUUAAAACUUACAAACGGAAACAGCUUUUGUGGAAAAUUCAAAGCGAAGAAAACCAACUCGGCCACAUGGUUUGGUCUCCUAUGCUCACUUAAUCUUCCUUAUCUUCUUUACACCAUUCCUCUUUAUAUAUAUACCACAUCUCACAUGUCUAUAAUCGAACACAUAAUUUUCUGAGAACCCACAAAACCGGAGAACAAAAAAUCGAAAGGGAACCUAGUUUGUUAUCAUGGCCAGACAAAGAAUGAUCACAGUUGAGUCGCCAAAGAAGAAAAUGGGUGGAAUUGUGAAGCUCAAGAAUGUUGUAGAAAAGUUGGUGCAGAUCAAAGGCUUUUCCUCGGCCAAGAAACAUUGUUCCGACGAAUACGGCCGUGACCGUGUCCCAAAAGAUGUGAAGGAAGGUCAUUUUGCGGUGAUAGCCGUUGAUGGAUAUCAUGAGCCUACGCAAAGAUUUGUUGUUCCAUUAAUGUUUCUAGAACACCCGAUGUUUAGGAAGCUUCUAGAACGCGCGGAGGAGGAGUACGGGUUCUAUCAUGAUGGAGCCCUCAUGGUACCUUGCCGGCCAAGCCACCUCCGGACGAUAUUGACCGAACAGUUAUUGUGCUAGAGUUUUUAGCUGUAAUUAUUAUCAUAUAAGUCUACUUCAUUUUAAAUAAUAAAAACUGAAUUGGUUAUUAGAGGGACUCUCAAGCUUUCUUGUAAUUCAAGCUUUCAACUGACGAAUAAUUUGUCUCCUCACA